CUGAUCUCUGCUCUGCUGUGCUGGCUGGUUAGUUUUCCGGUUUUAGGUUAUUGGUUCUUUAUAAUAAACUGUCGACAGUUUAUCAAAUGAAUAAUGACUUCUCCUGCAGAAAAUGAACUAGACGUUAGUCAAGAAAAUAAAGGCGAAGAAGAUGAUUUUGUCGAUCCAUGGAAUGUUAAUUCGAAGGCGGACACUGGGAUUGAUUAUGACAAACUUAUAGUGCGCUUUGGCAGUUCAAAAAUCGAUGAAGAACUACUUUCCCGCUGGAGUAAAGUUAUUAAAGCUCCCCUCCACCAUUUAUUGAGGCGGCAAGUGUUCUUCUCUCAUCGGGAUAUGCACACUAUUCUAAAGUAUGUCGAAGAAGGGAAAUCAUUCUACUUAUACACGGGCCGUGGACCUUCGUCCGAAGCUAUGCAUGUUGGACACUUGAUACCGUUCAUAUUUACAAAAUGGAUACAAGACACGUUCGACGUUCCUCUGGUCAUUCAGUUGACAGACGAUGAAAAGUUUCUGUGGAAAGAUCUGAAGUUGGAGACAGCAAAGAAGUUAGCUUACGAGAAUGCCAAAGAUAUCAUUGCUUGUGGAUUCGAUGUCAACAAGACAUUCAUAUUCUCAGACUUCAAUUUUAUUGGUGACGAGGCUCAUUUCCACGACCCCUACUUCCGAAUGACAAGAGAUGUCGCUCCAAGACUGGGCUACCACAAGCCGGCUCUCCUUCAUUCAACGUUCAUUCCAGCAUUACAAGGUGCCAAAACAAAAAUGUCGGCCAGCGACGAAAAUACUGCUAUUUUCCUCACUGACACACCCAAGCAAAUCAAAAACAAGGUGAACAAACACGCGUUCUCGGGCGGCCGAAGCACCGUUGAGGAGCACCGAGAAAUGGGCGGAGAUUGCUCCAUCGACAUAGCCUACCAGUACUUGAGGUUUUUUAUGGAAGAUGAUCAACAGCUUGAAAAAAUCAAAAAGGACUAUGAAAGUGGUGCUCUACUGACUGGAGAACUGAAGAAAAUUCUAAUCGAAACCCUACAACCAAUCAUAGCUGAGCAUCAGAAGAGAAGGGCUGAGGUAACUGAUGAUGUUGUAAAGCAAUUCAUGACUCCUAGAAAACUCAAUUUUAUAAUAAAAUCCGAUAAAUGAUUGCUCUAACAUUA